AAUCAGUUGCCAUUCGUUGUCUCUGCAGCAUUGAAAAGUACCUUUGUUUCAGCAGGAAUUGCUCUUGCAAGCUGACUCAAGGAGUUGCUUCAGGCUGAGGUAGUGUUGUAUAACUACAUUUUUGGUUUAGAAAGCAACUCUUUUUGUUAGACGUAUGUGUAGAUAACUGGUAUAAACUGGCUGGAAGCAGUCUUCUCAGUCACAGGCAGCCUCACUCCAGUGCAAGCCAGUUGGAACUCAUUCUGCUCUGCAGUAGUAUUCAUUGCACUUUUAGAAAAACUUAUUUUUUUGUUUCCUGUUUAUUUGAAUUAUUACUAUGAUUUCUAGCAUCCACAGAGUUUGAAACUUAGUACACUGGUUGUUUUUGUUGUGGUUUUCUGUUUUGUGUUGUUUUGUUACAGUCGUGCUUGACCUUUCUUGUCCGUUUCAUAUUUAUCCUUUAAAGUGAGUUUUUCCAUCUGAAGUGCUGCAAAAUAAUUUGAGCAACUUUUCAUAUUUGAAUGGCAAAAGGACAAGUCCAGAGUGCACAGCAUGCCUAUACUUUACUUGUCAUUGUCUAGUUCCCUGUAGCUAGCUGACUGCUUACCUGGUGGAGAGACCAACGUUGGCUUCAUCUAUAGCCUCAGGUUGAUGCUUCAUGAUUUCAAAGCCCACAUGACUUGUGGGGGAUUCCAGCUGUCUGUCCGACCAUUUCAUCAACAGGAAAUCGUCCAAUUUGAAAUUUUGUUCUGAAAUCUUUCAUGUUUUUGCAUACAGCAAAGGUUUACAGUGCCGAGUUCUCAGAUGCGGUCAAGAUGAGAGCACUGCACAUACUAAGUUAUCACAAACCAUUGUAACUUUUGUUAUCUACAUGUAUGUGCAAGGGUUGAAAUCAUCACGAAUGGACCAUUGCAGCCCCAAAUCAAUUAAAUCUUGUUUUCAGGAAAACAUGGAUAUGCAAAUUCACUGAGGAUAUUCAACUUCACAGAAGUUAGUUAUCAUUUCGUCUAUUCCAUACUUUUACAUGCUUCUUGUGUAUACAUAUGAAUGUAUGUUACUGACUAAAUGUCUAGGAGAUGGGGCGUCAAACAGUGAUGGUUCUCCUCUAAAAAGGACAAGGACAAUAAUGACUGUUGACGUGUUGGCUGUGAACAGGACAACUGGAGUAGACUGUAGCGCAUAUGACUUUGAAAUCCCAAGCGAGGAUGUGGAACUGUACCAGGAGGAACCCAGUGUUGACUGGAUUGAGGUUGAUGAAGUCUCAGAAACUUUUGAUGAACGAGAAGUGCAACCAGAAAAGGCAAAAUUGACAAAGCAUAAAAUAGUUGGAAGCUUGCUGAAAAAUGCUGGGAAGAAACGGCUCUCCAAAUCAGAGGGGAAAAUAGCAUAUGAGAUGGACAGGAGCUGGGCAGAUUCUGAAGAUGUGUUUGACAUGGAUGGAAUUGUAGACAAUGGGGAAAUUCCGGAACCAGACCCUGUUGAAGCCCCAGGGUUGGUGCAUAUCGUCCCCAUGAGGUCACCGAGUCGCUCUAGCAGUGUUGGCAGCAAGAUCAAAGGUGCCCUCAAGAAGCGUAGGUCCAAGUCGUAUGGGUCAUCCUCCGAUUUUGUUGAUGCCGACUGUGAAGUGUCCUCUAAGGUAGAGGAUGUCAAGACUACAAAAAGACGGAGUCUUGGAAAACUUCUGAGCAAGGUAUCCCUGAGGAGGUUAUCCAAGUCAUCAGGAGGAAGUGCUGGUGUUGGACUCAACAGUGCAGAUGGAGACAAUUACAAUAUAUAUACAGAUAUUCCUUACAGCUUUGAUGACUUGGACAUUUUUGCUGAAGAAUGCACAGGGCCAGCGAUGAUGUUUCCACUCUUCAGCUUACCCCCUUUCUACAAAAAACUACUUAUUACACGUGUCAUUUUUUGCAGGUUUAGGGAGCCCAGAUGGAACUUCACAAAUUGUUUUACUAUUUCUCUAAUUUCUCUAUUUGUCCUGCCUGUAUCACCUUGUACUUUUCAAGGCCUAGAUAUAUCCUGUUAUCUUGGAAAAAAAUAAAAGAAAACAAUCACCCCUUUCCUUCCAAGAAAGUGAAAUGGGAUUGGUACUUUAUGCAGCAUAUAUUUAUAAUGUACAUAGCGUAUUUUGAAUCCACAUGUCACUAAAUCAUUUCAGAGUGUAAAAUGUAAGCGAUUGUAUUUGGAAAACGUCUGUAAGAACAGCCUUGGUAAUUGACAUUCAAGUCUAUUGCCCACAUAGCAUUAUUUUUCUGGGCUUGUCUGUGAAGAGAGAUUUCUUUAGCCAUCAUUGGCAGAUGUGGUUUAAAAAACAAAUUGCACUGAGUCAAUUUGCUUUUGUUUAUUCCCACAUAUCCAAGUCAUACGUUGAAGAUUUUUAUGUACUGUGCUGAUCCUUGAAAUUUGCAAACCCCAAACCUCUGCUGUAUGUCAGACAGUGUCAUUUAGCUUUUUAAACAUUGAGGAAAACUUCAUUUACAAAAAGUAGCCUGGGUGGGAGUUCUGAAUAUCAGUGAGUGGGUAAGUAGUGUUCAUGCUGUUUUACUGGAAAUGACUUGUGGAAUUCCCUGUGAACAU